CCCGGCGAGGAAAGAGCACUCCCUCUCUGGAACCCAAACCCCCGCACCACACCACCCAUACGUCCCCGACCCCCGAAGGGGCGCAGAGUUUCCUGAAGCAUCCCCCCAACACAGCCCACGGCGAUCGCGCGGAAACCGGCGGCGGUCGACGCGGGAGGAGUAGCGGCGGCGAGUUUUAGCCGGAGAUGGACGCGACGGAGCAGCUGCGGUGGCGCUUCUCGGACGGCAGCGUCACCGAUCUUCUCAACGCCCGCAGCCUCCAUGGCUCCCCUGACAUUAAGAAGAAAGUACAAUUUCAUUCUUCUCUAGUGCAAAAGCUUGCUUUGGAAAAGGAGAUGGAGGGUCACAUAGGUUGCGUGAAUGCCAUCUCAUGGAAUUCAACUGGCUCACUUCUCAUAUCAGGAUCAGAUGACACUAGAAUUAACAUCUGGAGUUAUAAUAAUCGAGAGCUGUUGCAUGAUAUUGACACCGGACAUUCGGCAAAUAUCUUCUGCACAAAAUUUGUCCCAGAAAGAUGUGACGAAGUAGUAGUCUCUGGAGCAGGAGAUGCAGAGGUUCGUGUUUUCAAUAUGUCUCGUUUAAGUGGUAGAAGGCCUAGAGAAAUUUCUAUGGAACCAGAGGCAGUUUACCAGUGUCACUCAAGAAGGGUCAAGAAACUAGCUGUUGAAAUUGGCAAUCCUAAUGUAGUGUGGAGCGCAAGUGAGGAUGGUACUCUGAGACAGCAUGAUUUUCGGGAGUGUAGUUCCUGCCCUCGUGCAGGAUCUGCUAAUCAGGAAUGCCGUAAUGUGCUUCUUGAUCUACGAUGUGGAGCUAAGAAGUCAUUAGCUGAUCAACCCAGACAACCAUUGGCACUAAAGUCUUGUGAUAUUAGCUCUGUUCGUCCCCAUCAAAUCCUUGUUGGUGGGAGCGAUGCAUUUGCUCGGCUGUACGAUAGGAGAAUGCUUCCGCCAUUGGGCUCAUGUCAAACCAAAAGGAAGCCACCGCCAUGCGUUAAAAUGUUCUGCCCGUUGCAUCUUGCUGACAGUAAGAAGACAUAUUUGCACCUUACACAUGUUGCAUUUAGCCCAAACGGGAAGGAGGUUCUUUUAAGUUACAGUGGUGAACAUGUUUAUCUCUUUGAUGUUGAUCCAGAUAAUAUGAGUUCAGUGAGAUACACAGCUGAUUAUGUACGAGAGCAACUAUUUGCACCCCCUUUUCACAAAGAACCAGCAAAACAACAGAAGUUUUCAGUAAACACAGCUUCAAGGAAUUUGUGUAGGGUAGAUAUGUGCAGGAAACUUAUGCAAGUUGCGAUAAAAUCUCUGGAGACGAGCACUAACUUAAUGCAUGGGAUUGAAGCAUGCAGUGAAGUACUUGAGUCGGUCAGACCUGAUGUUGAUGAUGACAUGAGGCACGAUUGCUUUUGUACUCGGGCAGGACUGUACCUAAAGAGGAAGUGGAAAAAUGAUGUUUACAUGGCAAUUCGAGAUUGCAACAGAGCGCGGAAUAUUGAUCCCACAUCCUAUCAAGCACAUUUAUAUAUGGCAGAGGCACUAUUACAGUUAGGAAGACUGAAGGAGGCAUCUGAGUAUGCAGAAGCGGCAAAUAGUCUUCUUCCACCUUAUUCUCAAUUGAGGAAGCAGGUUGAUGAUAUAAAGCAGCGUGUUGCUUCAGCUGAAGAAGAGAAAAAUAGAAUGGAUCAGAAUGGGAAUGCUAAAGCUGAUAGACAACGUGGAAAAUUACGCUCAUUGAGUGAUAUAUUGUUGAGAUCCGAUGUUAGUGGUUCUUCAUCACAGGAGGGACGAGAAGAUUCAGAUUAUGAUGAUGAAAUGGAGUUAGACUAUGAGACAUCAGUAUCGGGUGACGAACGUCGUGAGAAUGAUCAAGGUGUCUUUCAGGGUAGUUUAAGUUUCAGAUUUCAUCAAAGAGAUGAUCAAACUAAUGAACACACUGGUGAGAAUGGAUCGGUUGAGUCCAAUCAUAAUGAUGAUUCCGCCUUUCUGUCGGAAGUUGCCAUUGAUAUGAAACAAAGAUAUGUUGCACACUGCAAUGUGGGGACAGAUAUAAAACAAGCUAGCUUUCUUGGUGAGCAAGGGGAGUUUAUUGCCAGCGGAAGUGAUGAUGGUAGGUGGUUCAUAUGGGAGAAGAGAACAGGAAGGCUUAUUAAAAUGCUUGCAGGGGAUGGAGCUGUUGUGAACUGCAUACAGUCUCAUCCCUUCGAUUGUGCUGUUGCAACAAGUGGAAUUGAUACUACAAUAAAGCUAUGGACACCCGAUGCAAGUGCUACAUCUAUGGUUGCUGGACCAGAACUUGAUGUGUUGAGUGCCAUAGAGAAUAAUCAGCAGAAGUUAUGUCGGAACCGUCAAAUUUUGCUGCCUUUUGAAUUUUUGGAACGAUUUCGGAUGCAUGAGUUUGCUGAAGGUUUUGAGUGUGCGCAGAGUUGAUUUACUAUUAGUAGAGUUGCCGAGCUUGUCAGAGAAGUAUACUACUUGGAAGAAUGAUAUCAUCCAAGGUACAAGCAGCCCAUGUUUCGAUCUGAGCGAAAUUGCAAGGCCUUGUUGCAAUCGUAUAGUGUAGACAUGGAUCAAUUGAUCAUGUUGGCUUACCUGCUUAGAUUGCAGGUGUGCCGCUGCUUAAAUUGUUACUUGAGGUGCCCAUAAACAAGUGCUAUGUUGUUGGUUUGGGGGUACAAUGAUGCAUACCUGUAAUGCAGUGUGGAUUAAUUCCCAUGUACAGAUUGUAGAUAGGUGAAGUCCUGUAAUAAGUGGAAUAUUAUUCUUUUCUCGAUGCCAUUUUGUGGUUGCCGGUUGGGAUGGUGUCAUGUUCAUAAUACCCUUGAGCUGGGUGUGUUGAAGCUGUAAUGUUGGAUAGUACUACUACUUUCGCGUUGCUAUAUUUGUUUAUUUUCUUGGAUCGAGGUAUGGCGGUUGUUGCAUUUC